UGGGCCUGUCGCGGACCUGCAGAGACCGUGAGCAACUAGCCAGGCCUCUGGGGCUUGGAGGCUGCAGGCCGCUCCGGGGCUGAGCCCAGCCUGUCUUCCUCGCCACGGCGCAGCCGGCGCGAGCGCUCCUUUCCAGCAUGCUGUGGCGGGGCAGCCAGGCGCUCCGGCGCUUCUCCACCGGCCGGGUUUAUUUCCAAAACAAGCUGAAGUUAGCACUCAUUGGUCAGAGCCUCUUUGGACAGGAAGUCUACAGCCAUCUCCGCAAAGAGGGCCACCGAGUCGUGGGGGUCUUCACUGUUCCAGACAAGGACGGCAAGGCUGACCCACUGGCUUUAGCUGCAGAGAAAGAUGGGACCCCUGUGUUCAAGUUCCCCUGCUGGAGAGUCAAGGGCAAGACCAUAAAGGAGGUGGCGGAGGCCUACAGAUCUGUGGGCGCCGAGCUAAACGUGCUUCCCUUCUGCACACAGUUCAUCCCGAUGGAUGUAAUUGAUAGCCCAAAGCAUGGUUCUAUCAUUUAUCACCCAUCCAUCCUCCCCAGGCACAGAGGAGCCUCUGCUAUCAACUGGACUCUAAUAAUGGGAGAUAAGAAAGCUGGGUUUUCUGUUUUCUGGGCUGAUGAUGGUUUAGACACAGGACCUAUCCUCCUUCAGAGGUCAUGUGAUGUCCAACACAAUGAUACAGUGGAUACACUUUAUAAUCGAUUUCUCUUUCCUGAGGGGAUCAAGGCCAUGGUUGAAGCCGUCCAACUCAUAGCCAAUGGAAAAGCUCCUCGUAUUCCCCAGCCAGAAGAAGGAGCAACAUACGAAGGUAUCCAGAGAAAGGAAAAUGCUCAGGUUUCUUGGGAUCAGUCUGCUGAAGUUUUACAUAACUGGAUCCGAGGUCAUGAUAAAGUCCCUGGAGCCUGGACAGAGAUAAACGGACAGGUAUGUUCUAAGGACCAAUUAUCCUUUCUUCAUGUUUAUUUCCAAAACAAGCUGAAGUUAGCACUCAUUGGUCAGAGCCUCUUUGGACAGGAAGUCUACAGCCAUCUCCGCAAAGAGGGCCACCGAGUCGUGGGGGUCUUCACUGUUCCAGACAAGGACGGCAAGGCUGACCCACUGGCUUUAGCUGCAGAGAAAGAUGGGACCCCUGUGUUCAAGUUCCCCUGCUGGAGAGUCAAGGGCAAGACCAUAAAGGAGGUGGCGGAGGCCUACAGAUCUGUGGGCGCCGAGCUAAACGUGCUUCCCUUCUGCACACAGUUCAUCCCGAUGGAUGUAAUUGAUAGCCCAAAGCAUGGUUCUAUCAUUUAUCACCCAUCCAUCCUCCCCAGGCACAGAGGAGCCUCUGCUAUCAACUGGACUCUAAUAAUGGGAGAUAAGAAAGCUGGGUUUUCUGUUUUCUGGGCUGAUGAUGGUUUAGACACAGGACCUAUCCUCCUUCAGAGGUCAUGUGAUGUCCAACACAAUGAUACAGUGGAUACACUUUAUAAUCGAUUUCUCUUUCCUGAGGGGAUCAAGGCCAUGGUUGAAGCCGUCCAACUCAUAGCCAAUGGAAAAGCUCCUCGUAUUCCCCAGCCAGAAGAAGGAGCAACAUACGAAGGUAUCCAGAGAAAGGAAAAUGCUCAGGUUUCUUGGGAUCAGUCUGCUGAAGUUUUACAUAACUGGAUCCGAGGUCAUGAUAAAGUCCCUGGAGCCUGGACAGAGAUAAACGGACAGAUGGUCACGCUCUAUGGCUCAUCAUUACUGAGCAGCUCUGUGCCUCCUGGAGAACCACUGGAAAUCAAAGGCGCCAAGAAGCCUGGUCUUGUUACCAAAAAUGGACUUGUUCUUUUUGGUAAUGAUGGAAAAGCACUGAUGGUGAGAAAUCUGCAGUUUGAAGAUGGGAAAAUGAUUCCUGCCUCUCAGUACUUUUCAGCAGGUGAGACAUCCACGGUAGAACUUACAGCCGAAGAGGUGAAGGUGGCGGAGACCAUCAAGGUCAUCUGGGCUGGAAUUUUAAGCAACAUCCCUGUUAUUGAAGACUCAACAGACUUCUUUAAAUCCGGAGCACGCUCAAUGGAUGUUGUCAGGCUGGUUGAAGAGAUCAGACAGAAAUGCGGUGGGCUCCAGCUACAGAAUGAAGAUGUCUAUAUGGCCACCAAGUUUGAAGACUUCAUCCAAAAAGUCGUGAGGAAACGGAGAGGAGAAGAUGAAGAGGCAGAGCUGGUAGUGGAUCAUGUUUUAAAGGAGGUCAAUGAAAUGAAAGUAAAAAUGCCUCAUCAGUGUUUCAUAAACGGACAGUUCACAGAUGCUGAUGAUGGGAAGACUUACGACACAAUCAACCCAACAGACGGAUCUACAAUAUGCAAAGUAUCCUACGCUUCCUUGGUGGAUGUUGACAAAGCGGUUGCAGCAGCAAAAAAUGCUUUUGAAAAUGGUGAAUGGGGAAGAAUGAAUGCAAGAGAAAGAGGAAGAUUGAUGUACAGACUUGCAGACUUACUGGAAGAAAACCAAGAGGAGCUGGCAACCAUUGAAGCCCUCGAUUCAGGGGCCGUCUAUACUCUGGCCUUGAAGACUCACAUUGGAAUGUCUGUGCAAACAUUCAGAUAUUUUGCUGGCUGGUGUGAUAAAAUUCAGGGUUCUACAAUUCCAAUCAACCAAGCUCGUCCAAAUCGUAAUCUGACCUUCACCAAGAAGGAGCCGCUUGGUGUCUGUGCUAUUAUCAUCCCCUGGAAUUACCCGCUGAUGAUGCUGGCAUGGAAGAGUGCCGCAUGCUUGGCAGCAGGCAAUACGUUAGUGCUCAAGCCAGCACAGGUCACGCCCUUGAGUGCUUUGAAGUUUGCAGAGCUCUCUGUUAAAGCAGGCUUUCCAAAGGGGGUGAUCAACAUCAUUCCAGGCUCAGGUGGCAUAGCAGGACAACGCCUUUCUGAACAUCCUGAUAUCCGCAAACUUGGUUUCACUGGUUCCACUUCUAUUGGCAAGCAGAUCAUGAAAAGCUGUGCUGUGAGCAACUUGAAGAAAGUUUCCCUUGAACUCGGAGGCAAGUCCCCACUUAUAAUAUUCAGUGACUGUGAACUUGACAAGGCUGUGCGAAUGGGAAUGGGAGCAGUAUUUUUCAACAAAGGAGAGAACUGUAUUGCAGCUGGCCGGUUGUUUGUAGAAGAAUCCAUCCACGAUGAAUUUGUGACAAGAGUGGUGGAAGAAAUUAAAAAGAUGAAAAUUGGUGAUCCACUUGACAGAUCCACUGAUCACGGGCCCCAAAAUCAUAAAGCCCACCUGGAAAAGCUCCUACAAUACUGUGAAGCUGGAGUGAAAGAGGGGGCCACCUUGGUGUAUGGAGGAAGACAAGUCCAAAGGCCAGGCUUUUUUAUGGAACCUACUGUGUUCACAGAUGUGGAAGACCACAUGUACCUUGCCAAAGAGGAAUCGUUUGGGCCUAUUAUGGUCAUUUCUAAAUUCCAAAAUGGAGACAUUGAUGGAGUGUUGCAACGAGCAAAUAAUACAGAGUAUGGUUUGGCCUCAGGGGUUUUUACCAGAGACGUAAAUAAGGCUAUGUAUGUGAGUGAAAAACUAGAAGCAGGAACUGUUUUUAUUAACACAUACAACAAGACGGAUGUGGCGGCUCCUUUUGGUGGCGUUAAACAAUCUGGCUUUGGAAAAGACUUGGGUGAGGAAGCCCUAAAUGAAUAUCUCAAAACCAAGACAGUGACACUGGAAUACUAGAGCAAUGCCAUCAUCAGAUAACCCUCAGCCGACAGCACCACUUCUCAACCCUCGACAGACACGCCUAAGAAGCCUGUGGUGCUGAGGAAAGAGGUAUCAGCCAGGAGCUGAAAAAUGCACACAUGGACCACAGAGAGAGUCAGGCCAUGUGUCUUAAGUAUUUACACGUGUGCCUGAGUAUUUUCUAAUACACAUUUUAUACAUUAAAAUCCUUUGUAGUUGUUGGGUUUUGACUAUGUUGUAUAUCACACAUAUUUCUAAAAUACCAAGCUGCUUUUUUUCCCCAGCAAGACUAAUCUGGUCAUUGUUCAUCUUGAAGAUAUUAAUAUCAUGCAGAUAUAAUAUACACAAGGUGCAUUUUUUGGAAACUGUAUAAUGUGUAUAGGUUCUAACCUCUGAACCAUACACAUGGGGUUAUUAGAAAUUUUCUAUAAUUUUGCUCUCAAGGAAAAAUGUAUCCUGUAAUAAACAGGGAGUAUUUUUUUUCCCCAUAUUUGGAAAGAAGAUACAUCCUUGUGCCUUUUGAUGUUCUGGUUUUCGACCCACUAUGAUGUGUGACCAACCCACAAACAGUUCCUGAGUACCUACAAGGUACAAGGUACUCAUUAGGUUCUAAGGAGCAGGCAAAAUUUAAUGACAUGAUUUCUGGCCCCAAAUAGCUUAAAUCCCAGUAAAUAGCUUUUCAAGUGAAUUUUACAUUAUGAUAUAGAAAUUAAGUAGGCUUUGGAGGCUGAUCUUGGUUCAUAUCGUACCAUCUAUCUAUGUGACUUGGGGAAACUUAAGCAAUUUCUUCGAGCCUCGGUUUUCUCAUCUAUAAAAAUAGGAAUAUAAUGCUCUCCUCAGGAGCCUUAUUCUGAGGAGCCAAUGCAAUAGUGUAAGUACCUUGCACUGUGUUUUGUUCAUGGUACUCAAUAAAAGUUAACUCAUUUCCCCCAUCACUAUUUUUAAAAUACAUUGAGAUAAAUUAAGUAGAUGAAUUGAUUCCUCUACACCCUUUUCUUCAGUCCUUGACUGCUACACUCUUCCUCUCGUCCACUGUUUUGACACAGUGGCACUGGAAAAUGCCAUGUAAUGAAAAAUGGCAGUGAAAUAAGGAAAAGAGUUGCUUUUCUUACUGCAGCUCACUCAGCCUUCACAAGACAUCUUAUUUUCCAAUUCUCUGCCUUAGUGGUUCCGCCAACUCACUAGCUAUGUGGUCUCGGGCAAGUUAGUUACAUAUCUCGGAGCCUUGGUAUUUAAAAAAUGGGAAAAAGUCCCUAUCUCAUUAGGUGUUGGAAGGAUUCUUAACUCAUAAUUCACUUAACAAAGUGUUUGGACCACAGCCUGUGCUCAAGAAAUGGGAAUUAUCACAAUCCACACAGUACUCACCCAACUAUUGCCCACUGUCAGACAAAAAUAGGUGAGUAAAUUAUCACCAUCCACAUGUGACUAGAAAAUGAAUUCCUGAACCAGUCUCUGGGAGAUGGUCAGAGCAAUUCACUUCUAUUACUCCUGCUUCUAAAGUAAAAUUUCAACAAACAUUCCUAUUUCUCUGGCUCUGAGGAAGCCCUGAGAGAGUACUUGUUACUUGGAGACUCAGCAGCUUAAUAUAAGGGAAAUGCAGGGGACCAUCAGUAAACAACCACAAACCAGAGGCAAAAACAUUCAACGGGAGGGACACCAGGUCUCAUCCUGGCAUGAUCAAUAAAGUAAAUUUUGCCUAUAAGCAUUUUGUAUUAUACUGUAGCUCAUUUACCAGCGGAGCUUGACAUAGUCAAAAUCCUAAAUUGGAAAUAACACUCUCUGGGUCCAAAUGGACAGUUAAUGUUUGAAUUAAAUAAUCAAAGCUUUAUGAUAAAGGAUCCACUUUAAAAUGUGGUGUUUUAACUGAUUUUGUGUGAAUUAAAAUAUCACUUUGCCAAAUAUUUUAAUGAUAAAAUAGCAAACAAAAUAGAUAAAAUAGCCUGUUCUUCUGGACCAAUUUUACCUUCUACUCUUACACUCAGUAGCAGUGCUGUUAAUCUUUGGGCCACAAACCUCUCUGAGAGUCUGGUAAAGCCGUGGACUCCUCUGUCUUAAUUCUACCCGACAAACUCACGUACAUGCACCUAAUUCUGCAAAUACAUUCAAGGGAGUCACCUCCUAAAGUCCAUGCUUGAGCCUCAGAUUAAGAACUCCUUUUUCCAUAGCGAGUUCUGAACUCCUUACCAGCUUGCGUUUUUACAUCUGAUUGAUCAGAAUCAGAGGCUCCAUGGAAUUCAUAAAAUUACCAGUGAAUUUGAACUGGAACAUACAGACCCACAACCUACCAGAUGAUUUAAUAAACAUAUGGAGUCAUUAGAUUGUCACUGUUCCUUCAGCUCACUGAUUAUUUUGCUAAACUAAAGGAUAAACUGUAAUCUGAUUGUCAUCUGAAUUGGGGAGGUGUGGAUACUUUAAGCAGUUCUACAUUCCUUCUAAUCUUCUUCCCCUGCCUUUGCUAAAGCAGUCCCGUCACUCACCCUUCCUGGCCUUUCCAACCCCCAGCUUGGUUUAAGUGUCUCUCCUCUAUGCUCUAAGUUGUCUGGAACAUGGUACUUACCACUUGGUGCUGAAAUUAUUUGCCUUCCUAACUAGGUAUGACCCCCAGGAUUGGUAUUUUGUAGCUCUCAUUUAUUGAGGGCCUCCUGUGUGUGCUACACACUAUGCAGUUUGUAAAUGCUAUCUUCAUCUUCACAACAUCUGAAAAAAUAGAGAUGUUCUUACUAGCUCCACCAUCACCAAGCCACCAUCUCUUAUCUUAGUUAUGGCCGGUCUCCCAACUGGUCUUUCUGAUAGCUCCCUGUGUGGUCCUAUUGAAAGCUUAAGUCAGAUGAUGUCAUUCCUCUGCUCAAAACCUUCCAAUGGUUUCCAAUUUGCUUAGAAUAAAGUCCAGUGUACUUACCAUGACCUACAAAAUCCAGUUGAUCUUGCCCCUGGCUGCCUCUGCCCUAUCAAUUUCCCUCUUAUUUUAUCUAGCCAUCCUGGCUGCCUUGAUGUUCCUCAAACAGACCAAGUAAUCGCCUACCUCAGGGCCUUUGCACUUACUAUUCCCUCUUCCCAGUGGUGUGCUGUUAAAUGUUCACCAAAUGGUUCUCUAGGGAAAAACAACUCUUGUAGCAUUUGCUGACUCCUGUGUAUAAAUGCUAUCAUUAGGCUGAUUUCAAGCUACCAAUUUAAAUGCUAUCAUUAGGCUGAUUUCAAGCUACCAAUUUGACUUCACUUAUGUAGAGUUGGGAAGAGAUGUGUGCGAACAAGUACAAGCCUGCAACAGCACACCACUGCUACUUCCUUUGACCCACGUGCAACCUCGUGGCUGGCUGCCUCACUUCCCUCAGGUCUCUCCUCAAAUACUGUAAUAGACACACAUUUUCUAGCAGUAUGUCCCCACAUCCACACCUCAUCUCCCUUGUAAUUAUUUAUUCUCUUCCUGCAGGUAUUUACCACAACCUGGCAUAUGUUUAUCAUCAAUCUCUCCCUAUUAGAAUGUAAACUUUGUGGACAGGGGCUUUUGUUCAGUGCUGUAUCAUCAGUGCCAGCAUGUAGGAAGAGCUUAAUAAAUAUUUGCUUACUUGCCCAAAUCACAGAGCUAUUAAGCAGCAGAAUAGACACUCAGGCAAUUAAGCUGAUGGUCUUAACCAAGCUAAGAUAGUUUUUAUUUCCUAUGCUUAAAUCAGAGCCUGGGUGGGGAAAUUAAAAAACAGCAGAGUGGCAUUAUCUGCAAGAGAAACCUGAGCUAGAUUAUCAGAUACGAGACAUGAUGUAUGGGGUGGGUUAUUGUUACUAUACUACACAAAUAAUAUGUAAUAUGCAAAUGAAUUUUUUAAAUGAUUAAAUACCUAAUUAUGCAAAAAUAUACAAAACAGAGUAAGACUCAACCACAACAUCUCUCCACAGAAAUAACCACAGAUAUUAGAUUGUUCUAGACUUCCUGUGAAUAUUUUUUUUGCAGAAUUGGUAUUAUACUGUAUAUAAUUUGGUUCUUGCUUUUUUUCAGUUAGUAAUAUACAAGCAGCUGUGUCAAUAAACAUAUUGCUUCAUG